AAUGCCAAGUGCUUCCCAACAGCACCACCGGAUAAGGCAGCAAGCGCUGCCCGCUGGGAGCCUGCGAUUCUGCGAAGCCCAGCAGCCCAUGGCGCGGGGCGGCCACGUCGCGGCUCUCUCCCUGCCACCGCGUCUCGCCGCGACGACGACGCCGUACUGCGGCCGCCCUGUCCGAGCCAGCUGCGCCAGGCCGGUGCCAGGAGGCGCGCGGCGGCGGGGCCGCGGACGCCUCAUGGUGGUGCGGGCCGGCGGGCCGCCCAGCACCAACCAGCUCAUCCUCGCCUUCGUGCUCCCGCUCUCCCUCUUCGUCGGCACGCUCGUCACUGCGGCCCGUGUCGCCGACGACCUCGACGACCGAUUCCUUAGGGAGAUGGAGAUAAACCGAGCGAUACUGGAAGAGAACGAAGCGUCCGACGAGGACGGCGCCGGCGAGGAAGACGACGACGGCGACAUUAUUGUGUACGACGAAGAGGAGGAGGAAGAGCUGCCGCCGGUACCGGUGGAGGAGAAGGAGCCCGCCGUCGUUGGUCCACGCACCAGGAACAGGCCGAGAAGACUAGUGUAAUCAGACGUUCUCUUCUCCGUGUUCAGGUUCAGAGAGAGUUCGAUUAGUUUGGUGAUUGGCCCUCUUCUUGGAAAUAUAGCUCGCAAAUGCCAAAGUCUGAUCAGCAACGCACUGCACGGAUGUUAUAUAUAGUUAGCCAAAGCUACAGUCUAGUAUUUUUCAACUUGUUAUAUUGAUAGAUGAAGCAAGCGCAGAAUACAGGUGUUGGUUCUGAUUUACUGGCAACAAAUACAUCGACAUCUGUGUACCAUUUACCCCUGCAACCUGCAGUGCCGGUGGAUGUAUGUUUUAGUAUGAAGGCCCAUGCAUGAACUCUCUGCAAUGCGUUCUUGA